CUGCUUUCUGCUGCAGGCUGUUGUUACAAACUCCAUGUCUGCCGGUGAUGCACACACACGAAGAAGUGAGCUGCAGUCUAUGAAGCAGGACACGUAUGGAAAUAAAAAGCAGGGAUGAAGACAUUGUGAAGUCUCCAGAGGAGCAGGAGGCCACAGAGGCCCUUUUCAAGCCCCUGCUGUGGAAAUGGAGCGGCUCCACUGGGUGCGGCAUCGCUGUCGGCAGGUGCUGGCAGGAAGCUCGGGGCGAGGCUGGUACUCUGGCCCAGACGACCUGCCCAACAAAAGCUCCCUGGACCCCCACACCUCUCCACACAGGUCCAGUGGGAAGAGAAGAACAGUGUUUGCCCGCCAUGGGCCCCACCAGCAGGACUACCAGACCUUUUCCAGAGACUACAAGAGCAAUGCAAUCCGUACUACUAAGUACAGCUUGUUGACCUUUAUCCCCAUGAACCUGUUCCAGCAGUUUCACAGGGCAGCCAACCUUUACUUCCUGUUCCUGGCGCUGCUAAACUGGGUGCCAGUGGUUGAAGCCUUUCAGAAGGAAAUCACCAUGAUUCCUCUGCUGGUGGUCCUCACUGUGAUCGCCAUCAAAGAUGCCCUGGAAGACUACAGACGCUACCUGUUUGACAAAAAGGUCAACAAUAAUGUAGUGCGAGUGUACUGUGGCAAGCAGAAAACCUACGUUGAGCAGUGCUGGAAGGAUGUGAGAGUUGGAGACUUUGUCCGCCUGUCCUGCAAUGAAAUCAUCCCUGCUGACAUGUUGCUGCUGUAUUCCUCUGACCCCCGUGGGGUUUGUUACAUUGAGACCGCCAACCUGGAUGGAGAGACCAACCUGAAACAGAGACAGGUGGUUUCAGACCUUCCAGCUAAGGGACGAGAGUUGACCCCUGAGACCUUCCAUAGUCGCAUUGAGUGUGAGAACCCCAACAAUGACCUCAGCAGGUUCAGAGGUUACAUGGAUCACUCUGGUGGGGGUCGUGUCGGCCUCCAUAACAGCAACCUCUUGCUGAGGAGCUGCACCAUCCGCAACACAGAGACUGUGGUGGGCAUCGUGGUCUAUGCUGGUCAUGAGACGAAAGCCAUGAUGAAUAACAGUGGGCCGAGGUAUAAACGCAGCCAGCUGGAGAAGCGUCUGAACACAGAUGUCCUGUGGUGUGUGCUCCUGCUCAUCAUCAUGUGUCUGACUGCUGCUAUAGGUCAUGGUCUCUGGAUGAGCCAGCUCAAAGAUCCUGUCUUCUUGGUUGAUGGGGAGACAUCACCUGCUUUGGCUGGCUUCUAUGUCUUCUGGACAAUGAUCAUUGUGCUGCAGGUGCUGAUUCCCAUCUCUCUCUACGUGUCCAUUGAAAUAGUGAAACUGGGUCAGAUCUAUUUCAUCCACAAUGACCUGGCACUGUACAACGAGCAGCUGGACUCCAGGAUCCAGUGUCGGGCCCUCAACAUCACAGAGGACCUGGGUCAGAUCCAGUACCUGUUCUCUGAUAAGACAGGAACUCUGACAGAGAACAAGAUGGUUUUUCGCCGCUGCAGUAUCUAUGGGAUAGAAUAUCCCCAUGAAGAAAAUGCUCGGAGGCUGGAGGUGUACGAGGCAGAGAAGAAUGAAGCAGCGGGUCGCUCUGUGACUCUGAAGUCCGGCUGCAGUGGUAAAUCUCUGAGCUGUCGUUCCCUCAGCUGUAACCGCAGCUCUGUGUCUCUGCACACGCUCACUGCUGAGUCAGAUGAAGAAGAGGAACAACUGGCCAAUCACAUCCAGCCCAGGACCAGCGCCUUCUGCAGCCGCAUGGCGAAGGAGGUGGUACCAGACCCUGAGCUGGUCAGGAAGUUAAACUGGCUCUGCUCUCCUGUGCUGCCUCUGUCUGAGGUUUCCUCUGGGACUCCAUCCAGCCUGGAGCUCACCUGCAUCACUGACUUCUUUCUGGCUCUGGCAAUCUGUAACAGUGUGGUGGUCUCCUCUCCCAGCCAGCCAAGACAUGUGGUUCCUGAAGCACGAACUCCUCUCAAGUCUCUGGAAGACAUCAAACUGAUGUUCCAGCGCUUCAGCUUCUCUCCUUUCUCAGCCCUCUCCACCUUGUCCACCCCCCAAAUCAGAAGCAGCCCCCGCAGCUUCACCAGCAGGCUGUUUGCUCGGGGGAAGACGGGCACCCUCAACUCCUCCGCAUCCCCGAACAGCACAGCAGAGGGGUCGGAUCCAGACCAAGACAGCAACCUGGAAACCUCCAAAGUGAGCCGUAAGCUAGAUAUAUCUGCCAACGGAGGUGAGGAGGACAGAGAGAUGCAGGACAAUCUCAAAGGUACACAGACGAACCCUGGAGGGGCCCGGCAGGAUGUGGAGGACAUAACUAGAGAUGUUGAGCUGGAGAGCGAUAAUGAUGAUGAACUGCUGUAUGAGGCAGAGAGUCCUGAUGAAGCAGCUCUGGUCCACGCAGCCAGAGUGUACCGCUGCACCCUGAGAGGAAGAUCUACAGAGAGCCUGCUGGUGGAUCUGCCUGGAAUAGGCUCUCUGGCUGUGAAGCUGCUCCACAUUCUGCCCUUUGACUCUAACAGGAAGAGGAUGUCAGUGGUGGUCCGCCACCCGCUCACUGCACAGGUAGUGGUCUACACAAAAGGAGCUGAUUCAGUCAUCAUGGACCUGGCUGAGGCACCUAAAGGUUCAGAACACACUCAGGAGAUCUACAAUCACAUCAGAGAGCAGACACAGGAACAUUUAGACAGCUAUGCAAGAGAAGGCCUGCGCACACUCUGCAUUGCUAAAAAGGUUGUAGAGGAGGAGGAGUACAAGGUGUGGCUGAAGAAGCAGCAGGAAGCAGAGAGCAGCAUAGAGAACAGAGAGGAGCUGUUGCUGGAGUCAGCACAGAGACUAGAAACCAACCUCACCCUGCUGGGCAGCACAGGGAUCGUAGACAGACUCCAGGAGGAAGUCCCAGAGACUAUAGAAGCUCUUCAAAGAGCUGGGAUCAAAGUAUGGGUCCUCACUGGAGACAAACAAGAGACAGCCAUCAACAUCGCCUAUGCUUGCAAACUCCUCCGUCCCAACGACCAGCUCCUCACUGCCAACUGUGGAAGCAAGGAUGCUUGUGCAGCUGUACUUGAGCAGCUCAAACAGGAAGUGGAGGCUGGUGAGGCCAUUGUGACUGAACAGACUGCAGCAGGGAAUCAUGAGGAAUCAAGCUGCGAGGUCGGCUUCAUCCUGGUUAUUGACGGCCAGACGCUGGACUGGGCCCUGCAGGAAGAACUGAAGGGACACUUCCUGGAGCUGAGCUGUCGCUGCAGGGCAGUCAUCUGCUGCCGCUCCACCCCUCUGCAGAAGAGCCAAGUGGUUCGACUGAUCCGGGACCAGUUGAACGUCAUGACCCUGUCUGUGGGUGAUGGAGCCAAUGAUGUGAGUAUGAUCCAAGUGGCUGAUGUGGGGAUCGGGAUAUCUGGUCAGGAGGGCAUGCAGGCUGUGAUGUCCAGUGACUUUGCUAUCUCCAGGUUUAAACACCUCAGUAAGCUGCUGCUGGUCCACGGUCACUGGUGUUACUCUCGUCUAGCUAACAUGAUCCUUUACUUCAUCUACAAGAAUGUGAUGUAUGUGAACCUGCUGUUCUGGUAUCAGUUCUUCUGUGGUUUCUCUGGGAGUGUGAUGACCAACUCUUGGGUUCUGAUCCUCUUCAACCUAAUUUUCACCUCCGUCCCUCCUCUCAUCUACGGCGUGCUGGACAGAGACAUGCCUGAACACACUCUGAUGCAGCUGCCUGAGCUUUACCAGUCUACACAGACAUCUAAGGUCUAUGUUCCCUACAUGUUCUGGAUCACAGUCCUGGAUGCCUUUUAUCAAAGCCUUGUCUGCUUCUUCGUGCCUUAUUUUGCAUACGCAGGCUCAGACGUUGGGGAGCUGUCCUUUGGUUCUCCAAUCAACGCCUCGGCUCUCCUCAUCAUCCUGCUGCACCAAGUCAUUGAGAGUCACACUCUGACAUGGAUUCAUAUGCUAGUGUUGGUGCUCAGUGGAGGCUCCUACUUUGGCUUUGUGCUGCUCUUCAGUGUGGGCUGUGUGACCUGCAGCCCCCCCACCAACCCUUUAGGUGUGGAGACCCUGCAGAUGUCCCAGCCACUUUUCUACAUCGUGUGUGUUCUCACUACUGUGGUUGCUCUGUUACCCAGGCUCUUGUUCCUGGCUCUCCGCGGCUCCUUCCAUCCCUCUGCUGUGAACAAAUCAGCUCAGGUAGACAAAGUGGAUUCAGAGGAAUACAGUAAGAGGAUGCAGCGCUGGAACCUGAACCACUCCAGAGCCAACAGGCUGCCAGUGUUUGCUGACAACCCAGGCCUGGAGCCCAGUGCAUGAUCAGCUGUGACCCCC